UUGGAUGUCAGGAGAGCACUGGCCAGUCUAGCUUGAGACAAAAAUGGCCACAGACAGCACCUGCCCUAUUUGCCAGGACACUCGGAAUGAUGUGGCUUCUGCUCUGCCCUGUCGCCACCAGUUCUGCCUGGGCUGUAUCCUGCGGUGGACAAGGAGAAAUCCAUCGUGCCCACUCUGCAGAAGAAUGAUAGAGACUGUCAGGUUUUCUGAGCAGAGUGAACAGGACUACAUACAGCUGGUCAUCACCUCCCCUGAAGAGUCACCAGAAGGCCAUAGCCAGGCAGAGAGAGCUCCUGGCCACCUGGAGAUCAACAGCCCCCAUGCCCCUGUGGUGUCCCCUCCAUCUUCUCCACAGGAGACACUGUCCCCAGAUGACCAAGGGGCUUCUAGGCUGGAGCUUGUUGGUGACCUCCUGCCCGAAGUCUGGGCAGGACUUUUCUGUCGACAACAACAGCUUCUGGAUCCCGUGCGGCCCUGGCUGCGCCAGAGGCUGGAGGGAAUAUACUGGGGCCGGUGGUGGUUGGUAGAGGCCACAGAGAGCUGCAUCCUGCGCUACCUCUGCAUCUAUGGUCCAGAUGCAGAGGUCUUGGUCCAGAGGCUGCUGAUGUUCCUGGAGGAACACACAGCACUGCUGGUCCAUGGCCUCAUCAAUGCUAUUGCAGAACAGUGCAAUGAGGACGCCAGGAGGCUGCUGCAUUUGCAUGCUGUUGGGGAUGAGGAUGGCAGCCCAGCAGCCAGCACCAGCUCCAGCUCCAGUUCCAGCUGGUCCAUGUCCAGCAGCUCCCACAAGGGCACUCCUGUCAGCUGCCCUGCAGGCUCCGAUGUGGAGGAAGAAACUGCUACAGUAGAGACUGUCCCCCACCAGGGUCCCAGCUGCCCCCAACCUGAACCCAUCCCUGCAGAGGAGAACCAGUCCCAGGAGGAGCCAGAGCAGGCAGCAGUGGCAGGUCCCUCUGCCCAGAGCAGCAGCCACAGCCACUCCACUCCCGGUCAGGGCAGGGGCUGCUCACCUGGGGCAGCCCGGUGUGCCCAGAAGAGAAAGGCUCCCAGCCCUCUGGACUCUCCCCAGCCCAGCAAGAAGCCAUGACAUGGGCGGACCUGACCCCUGCAGCCCUGAGGGAUGCAGAUGAAGUGAUAAAAUUUCAUCUCUCUUCAUUGCCAAUUUCCCAUCCAAGAACCACAACCUGAGGCUAAUGGAACCCACGGCAGGUUUCAGGAAGUGGCCUCCCCACGUCUGGCUUCUUGAAGGGGCCAAGUGUGGUCUCUCUUAGGUCCCACAGAGCCACGGGUCUGAAUAAAUCUAUAAAUAUCUAAGUCCCUCAGUAACUGAGAGAGCGUGACAUACUGAAACGCCAGCACAUCUGAAAAUCUUGUGCCAGAUUCUGUCUGGCUUGUGAAAGGAAAGUUUGGAUCAAGUAUCACAGAAGCUAUGGAGAAAGAGAGUUCCAAUACAGUUCUUGCAAUUUUAAUUGAUUUGAAAUUGAUUGUUAAGUCUUUAAGGACCUCAACAAGAACCCAGUAGCUACUAGGCAGGAGUGACUUUGCUCCACAAAGACUCUUCUGUGAAUGAGUGGUCAGGGGCAAACAGUCUUAAGGUGGUUAAGUCAGUUGUUCUGCUCCAAUUAGCACAAAAGUUGUUCCUUGAUGACCUCCAAGGAGGAGGCCAAUAUCAGACAGACAAGGUAAAACUGAAGAUUUAGAUAAAAAUGGUGACCAGACAUUUAUUGUUAUUUUUGCUGCUAGAACUUACAUAAGUUGCAAUGGCAAUCCAGUCUGUAUGCUGGAUAUAUGAUUUGUGCUAUAUCAAGCAAAACUUCAGAUGUGCUCCAGAGCACGUGGGCUCUUAGACAGCCACAAAUCACCUGUGCUUGUGAAGAAAGAUUUGGUGAACCUUGGCAUAAGGGA